AUGUUUAAUGGCAUCCCCUUCGCACAGCCUCCAACAGGAUCUCUUCGCCUGAAGCCUCCGAGGCCAAUUGCGAGUCCCCUAGGUGCUAUAGAGGCAACUUUCAAGGCCAGAUCAUGCCCGCAAUUCCGUUUGAAUGCCGACACUAGCAAUUUUCCCGAGUCGGUACUCGCACAAAUAUCCCAUAUCCCAAUCUUUCAGACCAUUGCCAAUGUGGGAGAGGAUUGUCUGACUCUGGAUAUCCGUCGUCCAGCGGGGACGAAACCUGGCGCGAAACUGCCUGUGCUGGUCUGGAUCUAUGGCGGAGCCUUCCAGACGGGUUCCACCGCCAUGUACGACGGUACAAGCAUGGUCACUGCCUCGAUCAACCUCCAAAUGCCGGUCGUCUUCGUGGCCAUGAACUAUCGCCUUGGUGCCUUUGGUUUCCUGCCUGGUGCAGAGAUUCUGAAUGACGGUUCUGCCAACCUGGGUCUACUUGACCAACGACUAGCUCUGGAGUGGGUUGCAGAUAACAUUGAAGCCUUCGGAGGUGAUCCAUCCAAAGUGACUAUCUGGGGUGAAUCAGCCGGUGCCAUUUCCGUCUUCAAUCAGUUGGCCCUGUAUGAUGGCAAUCAUACCUAUAAAGGAUCGCCACUUUUCCGCGGCGGCAUCAUGAACUCGGGCAGUAUCACCCCUGCCGACCCGGUGGACUGCCCCAAGGGUCAGGCAGUCUUCGACCAUGUGGUGAAAACUGCUGGUUGUGAUGAUGCCGACGAUGCCCUGGCAUGUCUACGCGAUUUAGAUUAUACGAGCUUCUUGAACGCAGCUACCUCCUUCCCCGACCCGUUUUUCUUGCCAUAUAUGCCUCGGCCAGAUGGCAAAGCCUUGACAGACUCCCCAGAAAUACUAGUCGAAGAGGGCAAAUAUGCCGAGGUGCCCUUCAUUAUCGGUGACCAGGAAGAUGAAGGCACCAUCUUUUCUUUGUCGCAAGUCAACAUCACAACCACAGAGGACGUCGUGAAUUACUUGCAAGAUUUCCUCUUCUACGAUGCUACGCGGGCCCAACUUGAAGAGCUUGUAUCAAAAUACCCUGAUACCUCAGUCUACGGCUCGCCCUUCCGCACGGGUGGAUUCAACAAUUGGUACCCCCAGUAUAAACGUAUUGCAGCGAUUCUGGGCGACAUUUCCUUUUACAAUAACCCGACAAAAGCAAAGCCUCAUAUUCCCUUUUGGUCAUAUCUUUCGUCAUAUGACUACGGGACUCCCAUCCUUGGCACUUUCCACGGGUCCGACGUGAUACAAGUCUUUUACGGAAUCUUGCCCAACUACGCGUCCCGAUCCUUCCAUUCCUACUACCUAUCAUUUGUUUACGACCAGGAUCCCAAUUCUCGAGGAAAAUACAUGGAAUGGCCGCAGUGGAGUGGCAAUCACAGUCUAAUGCACUUCUUCAGUGAUCACGGGGCAUUGCUGGCCGAUGAUUUCCGUCAAUCUGUUGCUGAUUUCAUCUUGGAGAACCCCAAAGCGUUGUAUGUUUAG